AUGCCAUGCUAUCAUAAUUUAAUUGAAGCAUAUGAACAACCACCUCCCAAAGAAUCAAUUAGAACUAAAACUAUUAAUCUAUAUGAUUUAACUGAACAGCAGAAAUUACAUAAAGAAUCUCAAUCAAAACAACAAUUAAUUGAUUUUGAUCAAUUUUAUAAAUUACCACCAAUUGAUCCAAUUUUAAAAGAUAAAAAACCCUGGAAAGAAGGUGCUAAUUAUUUUACAAAAUGUUAUAUAUCAUCAUUGGCUCUUAUGAAAAUGACAAUUCAUGCUCAAAAUGGUGGUUCAAUUGAAAUCAUGGGUAUGUUAAUGGGGAAAAUUAUUACAAAUUCAAUUAUUAUAACUGAUGUGUAUAGAUUGCCUGUUGAAGGUACAGAAACUAGAGUUAAUGCUCAAAAUGAAGCUUAUGAAUAUAUGGUUUCAUUUUUACAGGCACAGCAAGGAUUGGGAUCUUCACAUGAUGAAAAUAUCGUCGGGUGGUAUCAUUCUCAUCCAGGUUAUGGAUGUUGGUUAAGUGGAAUUGAUGUAAGUACUCAGGAGUUAAAUCAAAACUUUCAAGAUCCAUAUUUGGCAAUUGUUGUUGAUCCAAUUAAGACAUUAAAACAAGGAAUAGUUGAAAUUGGAGCUUUUAGAACAUAUCCAAAAGGAUAUAAACCAACAAAGACAAAUACACCAAAUACAAAUAUUAAUAUAUUAUCUAAAAAUAAAAGAAAAGAUUUUGGUAGUCAAGCUGAUAAAUAUUAUUCGUUAGAUAUUGAAAUUUUUUCAAGUAGUAAUGAUUUAAAAAUUAUUGAAAUUUUGAAAAAUAAAGAUAGUAUAUCUUGGUUAUCAAAUUUAUUAAUUGAUGAAGAAGAAGAUGAUAAAUUUAACAUGAAAGCUAUUAAAAAGGAAGUUACAUCAAUGGAAUUGAAUAAAAAUUUUGAAUUUUUAAAUAGUAAGGAUUUAAAUAUUAAUAAAUUAAUUGAAAUGAUUAAUAAUUUAAAUUUAAUUGGUAAUUCAGUACUUGAAAAGAUUUUAAAUAAAACAGUAAAUGAUAAGUUUGAAGAUAAAUUGAAGACUAAAUUAAUCAAAAGUAACACAAAAAAUAAAAAAAUCAUUCUUGAUGAAAAUUUAGAUGAAAAUGAAAUUGUUGAUGAAAUUGAUUCAGAUCUUGAAGAAAUGUCAAAGGAAGGAGGUGAUGAUGAUGAUGAAGAAGAAGAUGAAGAAUAUGAUGAAGAAGAAAUUAACAAAGAUGAUUUAAUGGAAAUUGAAGAAGGUUCCACACGUUUAAAAUUGAAAACAAAACAAAAAUCAAGAAAUAUACAACAAUCAACUAAUACAAAAAGGUUAAUGAAAAGAAUGAGGAAAUAUUUACAUGAAAAUUCAGGAUUAUUGGAUACAAAUAAUGAUUAUAGAUCAAUGACAGGAGCAUUCCGUAAUCAUGGUAAUCCAAAUGUUGGUAGAUAUUCAUCAUCAAUUAAUUUAAAUACAAUUAAUGAAUUUAAAGAAAAGAAUAGCCAUUUAAUUGAAUUAUCAAGAUUAAUUGGAUCAAAAGAAUUAUGCGAUUUAAUUACAAUUGAUGUACAAGAAAGAUUAUUCACAUGA